AUGCUAGAUGAUUUUGGUGUUUCAAUGGCAUACCAAAAAGCCUGGAGAGCAAGAGAAAAUGCUUUAGAAUUGGCAAGGGGAAACCAAGAUGAUUCAUACCAAAAACUUCCCAUCUUCCUUCACAUGCUAAAAGUCUCGAACCCAGGUACAAUUAUACACCUGGUUACAGACAAUACAUAUCACUUCAAAUAUAUGUACCUAGCAUUUGCAAAUUCCAUCAAAGGAUGGAAACACUGUAGGCCAGUCAUUGUCAUAGAUGGAACUUACUUGAAGACAUCAUUUGGGGGAACUUUAUUCACUGCUUCAACAAUGGAUGCUAACAACAACAUAUUCCCAUUAGCCUUUGGAAUAGGAGACUCUGAAAAUGAUUCCUCAUGGUUAUGGUUUUUCACAAAGCUAAAGGAGACAUAUAGAGAAAGAGAAGGUAUGGCAAUCAUUUCAGACAGGCAUAAAAGCAUAGAAAAUGCUAUAGACGAUGUAUACCCAAAAGCUUUCCAUGGAGCAUGCAUAUUCCACCUGUUAAACAACAUCAAAGUCAAUUUUGGUGUCCAUGGGGAGGACCUAAACCUAAACUUUGUCAAAGCAGCAAAGGCAUACAGGUCUAGAUGCCAUUCUCCAACAAGAAGAUAUACAAUGAUGACAUCAAAUAUAGCUGAAUCAAUAAAUGCUGCAUUGAAAGCUGCAAGAACGCUGCCAAUCACUACAAUGAUGGAGGGCCUUCGAAGUUUAGUUCAAAAAUGGGUAUGGAAAAAUGGUAACGAAGCAAACGGAACAUUCACACAAGUAACAACAUAUACUGAAACUGUGCUUAGAGAAAACUUUAUUCGUGCCAUUAAAUUUCAGGUCUUCUCAGUAAACACUAUACUGUACCAAGUUGUGGUUGAAUAG